AUGGGCCGGAUCACAGAAGACCUCAUCCGACGGAAUGCCGAGCACAAUGAGUGUGUGAUUUUCUCCCUGGAGGAGCUCUCCUUGCAUCAGCAGGAAAUAGAAAGGCUGGAGCACAUUGACAAAUGGUGCCGAGACUUAAAGAUCCUCUACCUUCAAAACAACCUCAUCGGGAAGAUCGAAAAUGUCAGCAAACUCAAGAAACUCGAAUAUUUGAAUUUAGCUUUAAACAACAUUGAAAAAAUUGAAAAUCUGGAAGGAUGCGAGGGGCUGACAAAACUUGACCUGACGGUAAAUUUCAUCGGGGAGCUGAGCAGCGUGGAGACCCUGCGAGGCAACGUCCACCUGCGGGAGCUCUUCCUCAUGGGCAACCCGUGCGCCGACUUCCAGGGCUACCGGCCGUUCGUGGUGGCCACGCUCCGGCAGCUGAAGUGGCUGGACGGGAGAGAAAUAGAGCGUUCAGAACGGAUCCAGGCAUUGCAGGACUUCCCUGAAGUUGAGCGACAAAUCAGAGAGCAGGAGAAAGCCUACUGCCUCAGACGAGCCCAAGACAAGAGCGAGGCUGAGAGGAAGCUUCGAGAAGAGCAGGAGCCCAGAGAGAACGAGAGCCACCCCCCACCUUCUGGAGGGAGCAGAGACCAGCUCCAGGUACCAGAACUACAGGAAGGAGAACCCAACGGGAAGAAAGUAGACGACAUGGAAGACGACCUGGAGUUCUGGAACAAGCCCUCUCUGUUUACUCCGGAGUCGAGACUGGAAACUCUGAGACAUAUGGAGAAACAACGACAAGACAAAGAAAAAUCAAGCGAGAAGAAGAAGAAUGUGAAACCACCCAGGAUGCUGAUCACUGCAGAUGGGAGAGCCCUGAACGUGAAUGAGCCCAAACUUGACUUCUCUUUGAAAGAUGAUGAGAAACGCAACCAGAUCAUCCUGGACCUGGCUGUGUACAGGUACAUGGAUACCUCUCUGAUCAAUGUUGACGUGCAGCCAACUUACGUGCGAGUCACCGUCAAGGGAAAGCCCUUUCAGCUCGUCCUUCCGGCAGAGGUCAAACCUGACAGCAGCUCUGCUAAAAGGUCUCAGACGACAGGGCACCUGGUGGUCUGCAUGCCCAAGGUGGGAGAAGUCAUCACAGGGGCCCCGAGAACAUCCACAUCCACGUCCACGUCCACGUCCACGCAGAGCACCUCGUCCCGCAGCAGGGAGCACACGGGCAACAGAAGCAGACAAACCGAGAAACUAGAGGUGGAUCCCAGCAAGCACUCGUUCCCCGACGUGGCUAACAUAGUCGGAGGGAAAACUCCCACACCCAGAAGAGUCCGACCUGAACCCAAAGUCGUGCCACGUGAGGAAGAUCCAGGCUUUGAAGAUGACCCGGAAGUGCCCCCGCUGAUCUGA